AUUCACCACGGGAGUAAUGGAGCUAAAAGCUAAGCUAACUAGUGACGUCAGAGUCAGCUGACUUCCUCACAUGACUCACUGACGCGUUCCUGUUGUCUUCAGCGGGUUCUGUCGAGAGACCAGCAGCUGCCACCGUCAGGUCGCUUGACUGGACCGAACCGAAGAAAGUAUGCGGCUUGUAGAACCCAAAACUGCGCAGUGACGUCAGUAGUUCAACUUUAGCGGCCAGUCACUCUUCAACCACGCACUGCCUCUGUGACCGACGAAGCCGGUGCCAUGGAUCCAGAGAAGAAGAAGCUCCUGAACAUCGUUGUCCUCGGCGUCGGCUUCAUGUUCAUGUUCACAGCAUUUCAGACGUGCGGGAACAUAGAGCAAACGGUUAUCAAGAGCCUCAACACUACCGAGUUCCAUGGAAGCGGCUACACCAGCAUGGCAAUCAUCUACGGUGUCUUCUCGGCAUCGAACCUCAUUGCUCCGUCGGUGGUCGCCGUCGUGGGCCCUCAGCUCUCUAUGUUCUUCAGUGGGCUUCUCUACAGUGCCUACAUUGCCGUGUUCAUCUACCCACUCACUUGGACCUUCUACACAGCUUCAGUUCUGGUCGGGAUUGCAGCGGCAGUCUUGUGGACGGCGCAGGGAAACGUUCUCGCCAUCAACUCCUCGGACACCACAAUCGGACGCAACAGCGGAAUAUUCUGGGCUCUUCUUCAGUUCAGCCUGUUCUUUGGAAAUCUCUACAUCUACUGCUCGUGGCAUGGCCACGUUCACAUCACAGAUAAAGAUCGCCAGAGCGUCUUUGUCACUCUGACUGUCAUCAGCCUUGUUGGCUGCUUCCUCUUCUUCCUCAUUCGUAAAACCGUCUCAGAGUCUGGGGCGUUGGACGAUGGCGAUGCUGCCCCUGACUCAUCUGAGGACAGUAGCACGUCCAGUGUGCCUCUCCCUGGCCUCUGCUCACAGGCUCUGGACGCCUUUGUGAAGGCGGGAAAAGUUCUGGUCACUAAAGAAAUGCUGCUGCUUAGUCUGGCCAGUGCCUACACGGGGCUGGAGCUUACCUUCUACAGUGGCGUGUACGGGACGUGCAUCGGUGCCAUGACCCGUUUUGGCCAAGAUGCGAAAAGUCUGAUCGGCAUCUCAGGCAUUUUCAUCGGUCUGGGAGAGAUCUUAGGAGGGGGCAUCUUUGGGAUGCUGAACAGGUGUAACCGCUUCGGCAGGAAUCCUGUGGUUCUGCUGGGCCUCAUCACACACUACCUCGCUUUCUACCUGAUUUUUCUGAACAUCGCGAGCGACGCUCCCAUCGCCCCAGAGGAGGGGACCCAGCUGGAGGCCUACAUGGAGCCCAGUGUGGCAGUGGCGCUGAUCUGCAGCUUCCUACUCGGCUUUGGUGACAGCUGCUUCAACACUCAGCUGCUCAGCAUCAUCGGCUUCAUGUUCCGAGAGGAGAGCGCCCCGGCUUUCGCUAUCUUCAAGUUCAUCCAGUCCAUCAUGGCGGCAGUGGCCUUCUUCUACAGCAACUUCCUGCUCCUGCACUGGCAGCUGCUGGUUCUGGUUUUGUUUGGCUUCGCUGGAACCGUCACUUUCUUCAUGGCCGAGUGGGUGGCUGUGGCCGGCCGGAGGGCGUUUGAAUACGACACCAUCUGACCUGAAGUCGAGGAGUCGGCCACCGAGUCAAGUCAGUUUUGCCUGUUGACUGAACUGCUGACUCACGUGAAGUUCACCUGAGGUUCAGCGUGUUUUACUGACACGCUCACUCAAUCAUACUCACUCACAUUUCGUCUUGGUUAGGAAUAUCUCACUCAAACUUCUGGAGGGAAACUCAAGUGGGCGGAGUCACAAGCUUGUCUGUGUCAUGUUUUCCUGUCGUCACCUUCUGAGGCUGGUUCUCGUGGAAAAAGUUGCCCUCCAUCAUCGGUGCAGGUGUUUGGGGUGGGUCUCUGUGGAGCCUCUGCUCUGUCCUGGAUUCUCAAAGGUUCUGGUCUGGAGGUUUUACCAAAAGGGAUGUGUUUUUGGAAUCUGCUUGUGAAUCAAAUUUUGAAGGGAAAUUUUGAUUUUAUACUUGAAUGAUGGCAUUUGUAAUUUUUAUUCUGAAUAAAAUGUUUUCUUCUGUU